AGCUGGAGGCAGCAGUAGCAGAGAAGAAAGAGAGCAAAUUAAUAUGGGGCGCAGGAAGAUUGACAUCAAGAGGAUCGAGCACCCCAAGCACCGCGACGUGACCUUCUGCAAGAGAAGAAGAGGCCUGAUGAAGAAGGCACAGGAGCUCGCCAUACUCUGCGACGUAAAGCUCGGCAUUGUCGUCUUCUCAAGCAGAGGGAAGAUGUUCGAGUAUUGCAGCCCGAGCACAAGCAUGAAGCAAAUUAUUGACAGAUACACGGGAGGAUUGCCGAUUGAUCAGCGAGGGGGAGGUGCAUCAUCUUCCCGUUCCUUGCUAGACACAUACACGGGAGAUUUAUGGGCUGAUGAACAAUUGUAUCGAGUGCAUGAGGAUCAGAUGACAAGAGAGAUGGCUAGUUUGAAGAAUGAGAGGGAAAUGCUGCACGCAAGCAUAAGGCAUCUCAUGGGAGAGGAUCUCGAGACGCUCAGCAUAAACAAUUUAAACCAACUUGAGCAACAGAUUGAAGCAGGAAUGCAUCGAGUCCGAUCAUGGAAAGAAGUCUCUGCAUAUCGCUCUUUGGGUCAAGCUCAGACUUCUUUUACACCAACAGCAGCAGUCGGCUACAACAGUUUGGAGCCCCAAAUGCAGCCGGACCUCCGUUCUGCAGCACCAACGUCGGUUGAAAGCAGUUUCGAAUCCCAAAUGCAGUUGGGCCACUUUGCUUAUGAACAUGACCGCUACAGGGAUUUCCCCCGUGAGCAAUCACCUUUCGAAUUCCAGAAUACAUACCACUUUUGGAUGUAG